CACAAGGCUUUUGUAGCUAUUGGUGACUACAAUGGUCAUGUCGGCCUUGGUGUAAAAUGCUCCAAGGAAGUUGCCACUGCUAUUCGUGGGGCAAUCAUCUUGGCUAAACUAUCCAUUGUACCAGUACAACGAGGCUACUGGGGUAACAAGAUUGGCAAGCCUCAUACUGUACCUCACAAGGUUACUGGUUGUUGUGGGUCUGUUCUGGUGCGUCUGAUCCAGCACCCCAUAGUACAGGAGUUGUAUCUGCCCAUUCCAAAGAAACUGCUGAUGAUGACUGGCAUCGAUGACUGCUGUACUUCAGCUAGGGGUUGUACUGCUACUCUGGGCAACUUUGCUAAAGCCACCUUUGAUGUGAUCUCCAAGACCUACAGUUAUCUGACCCCUGACCUCUGGAAGGAGGUAUUCACCAAGUCUCCUUAUCAGGAAUUCACUGAUCAUCUGGCUAAGACCCAUACCAGAGUCUCAGUGCAGAGAACCCAGGCAGCUGCUGUGGCAACUACUUAAAUGUUUUUGUACAAAAUAAAGUGAUAAGUG